CUGUUAUACAACGUGUAACAAGUCAGGUGUCCACGGAGAGACAACGGCGUCCCCCGAUUCAGUGUUUUCUUAUAUCCGAACUCCUCAGAGUCCAUUAUCACAACAGAUCACAAUGUCAGUAACCAGACUUCCUUUGUGUCUUUCAGAUCCUCAGAGUCACAUGAACACACACACAAUCAUGCAUAUCAACACACUCCGUGUUCACAGGUGUGUGUGACAUCAUGUCGGACUUCUGGCCAUUUUCCUCGUCCUCUCCGCCGCCACCCAGGAGCCAUCCUCAGGUACCCGUCUAUCACCUCGUACCUCAGACCCAAGUAUCCUUACCUUAUCACCUCCCUGAACCCCAGGUAACCUCCCUGAACCCCCCUGAACCCCAGGUAACCUCCCUGAACCCCCCUGAACCCCAGACCAAGGCAACCUCCCUAGACCUUGUACUGAAGAACCAGGUGACCUCCCCUGUCCUUCCUGAACCCCAGGUAACCUCCCCUUCCUUUUUACUUAAGUCCCAAGAAACCUUUGCCCACCUCCUACCCCAGACCCGAGUAAACUCCCCACAUCUUAUACCCGAGUCCCCGGUUAUCUCCUCUCCUCUUGUACCCAAGAACCAGGAAACCUACAUGCAUCUUGUGCCCGAGUCCCAGGAGACUUCCUCUAAUCACUCUCGCCCCAAGGUAACCUCCCCUCCCUUUGUUCCUAAGUCCCAAGAAACUUUUACCCAUCAUGUACCUAAGACCCCACUAACCUCUCCUAACCUCCCUUACCCUCAAGCAACCACCCCUCAUUGCUUUGUCCAGUCCCAGAGAACCCCCCCUUUCUUUGUAGCCAGGUCCCAGGAAGCCUUUGCCCAUUUUUUACCCCAGACCCAAGAAAACUCCUCACAUCUUAUACCUGAGUCUCAGGUAACUCCCCCUCAUCACCCUAAUCCACAGGUAACCUCGCCACCCUUUGAACCCAUGUCCCAGGAGACCUUUGCCCAUCUUGAACCCCAGCCCCAGGUAACCUCCCCUAACUUACCUUACCCUCAAGCAGCCACCCCUCACCGCUUUGCCCAGACCCCGGUGACCUCUCCUCCCUUUGUAGCUGAGUCCCCGGUAACCUCCCCUUACUUUGUAGCUAAGAACCAGGUAACUUCCCAUCAUCUUGUACCCCAGACCCAGGUGACCUCCCCUCACCUCCUUCCUCAGACCCAGGUAGCCACCUCUAAUUGCUUCGACCUGGCCCAGACAAGCACCCCUUACCUCCCAUAUUCCACCUCCCCUCACCUCCAUCAGCCUCAUGUAACCUCCUCGCACCUUGCACCUGAGUCCCAGGUGACCUCCCCUCACUUUGUGCCCCAAAUAACCUUCCCGAACUUCCCUGAUCACCACAUAACCUCCCCUCACAUCUUCUACCUGCCCCAGCACCACCUUGCAAACAUAAAUCUUGAUCUAGAGAAUCCAGAUUGGACCAGGUCUGAACCACCUUCUGAACUGCUCAGGAGCUACAGUCACACCACAGCCCACCUAGACCUCCAGAACCAGUUCAGCACUGGUGUGACUCACCACAGAGAUGAACUGGAGGAUACACCAAAACUACCUUACAACACACACCUUGCCAGAGACGUGUAUGGACAGGCUGACGCACCUGGUCCAGCUCAGGACACCUGGAGGCCAGCUCUGUCUCCGCUGGGCUCCCUGACUGGAGGCGUCCCCCAGGGAAGAUGGAGCUCUGUGGAGUUCAGCUCCUCGUCCGCUGAAGACUUCUCCAGCACCCAGUUUUACCACGACGACAGCAGCCCCCAGCCCUUCUGCAGCCCCACCACCCCAGGUCCGAGUCCUCAUUACCCUCAAACCCCGACCAUCUCUAGUCCUCAAACACAACCCAGUAAAGACAGACUGGAUUUCCACACACAAACAUCCAGACCGCUGAGCAGAGAUAAAACCCUCAGCUGUUGUCUGCAAGACUUUGACAUGUACCUCAUGACCUCUGACCCUGGGCGGCGCCAUCAGACGACCCGACACCUCCUCCAGAGCCAAAGCGGGCUGGUCCAGGACCAGACGAGCCUCCUCCACACCGUCGGGAACUUUGUGAGCUGUUUCUCUCCACAGAGAGCAGACCAGGACGUCAGUGGCUCUGCCCAGCGUCCAGACCUCCUGACUGGACUGAACCAGAGGGAGGAGAGAGGAGGAAGAGGAGAUGAUACACAAAAAGUAUUUAAGUUACUACUUAAACUUUACUUUACCUUACUCUACUUUUUUAGCAGCCGUAAUCUGACCUCGUAAUCAUGUUAAUAUGAA